AUGCGGGUAACCUCUAUCUUGCCGAUCGCCUUGGCAGCUUUGCCAUGUGCCAAUGCCAUCACGCUGCACAAGCGGGACGAUCCGGCCGUCUUUGAACUCCCGAUUGCCCGCAGUGGACGGUCUCAAGCGUUGCAGAAACGCAGCUCCAAAGUCGCUAGCACAGCAUUAUAUAACGUGCAAAAUAUGUACUACAUGGUCAACAUCACCAUCGGCACCCCUGCUCAAAACCUUUCACUUAGUCUCGAUACUGGUAGCAGUGAUAUCUGGGUCAACGUCCCAAAUUCCACCUACUGUGCGGCAGAUGAUGAUCCCUGCUCUUCGACUGGCAUUUUCAAUCCAAAGGACUCUUCCACCUUCAAAUUGCUAGAUUACGAGAUGAACGCCACCUAUGUCAGUGGAUUUUUGGCGGCAGGUCCCUAUGCCACUGAUACGCUGGCGAUUGGGGGUGCGUCGGUGAAAAAUGCGCAGUUUGCAGUGGCUGAAAAAAGUCGAAAUCCACAUGGUAUUCUGGGAAUUGGAUAUGCGUUGGGUACUUACGCCGGCGCCAACCUCGGCAAGAAAUACAAUAACCUUCCGGAAGCGCUAGUAAAUAGCGGUGCUAUCAAAUCGGCCGCCUAUAGCCUGUGGUUGAAUAAAUUCGAUGGCACUGGAAACCUUCUCUUUGGAGGUGUCAACAAAGCGAGAUAUGAAGGCGAGCUGCAAACAGUGCCUGUUGUGAAAUUAUAUGACAACUAUUAUUCGCUUACCAUCGCCUUGACAGAUAUUUCUGUGAAGAGCACCAGUGGCACUGAGAGUUAUACAACCGGUCUUCCCUUAGCUGUCACCUUGGACAACGGAAGCGCUUUCAUCACGCUGCCCAAAGAGCUGGUGGACCCUAUAUACAAGGAAGUAGGUGCGGGUUAUUCCUCAACCGACGGCGCUGCCUACAUUCCCUGCGACAUGUAUAAGGCAGAUUAUAAUGUGACCUUUAGCUUCUCGGGCGCCAAGGUCAAGAUUCCCAUCAGCGAACUAGUUUUUAAGGAUUACGCCUACCCCGAUUUCCCCGACGAUAACUGUAUCUUCGGACUUUCCUACAGUGAACCCGGAGUGAAUCUGAUGGGUGAUCCCUUCUUGCGUGGUGCCUAUGUGGUCUAUGAUCUUGCCAAUAACGAGAUUUCGCUUGCGAACACAAACUACGACGGGGGUGAUGAUGAUAUUCUCGAGAUCGGCACGGGAACAGCUGCGGUACCGGGCGCGACGCUGAUGCCCUCGGCAGUCACAUCGGCAACGGGUAAUGGUCCCAGUGAACCCACCGCGGCCUCGGGGUCUUCGGGAUCCCAGUCGGGUGGAACCACAUCAUAUGUCACCAGUAUUGCGACUGGAACGGCUAAGAGUGGUGACGCUUCUAGCACCUCCUCCAAGGGAAUGGCAGCGUUGCCCACCAGCAAGCCGAACCACCUUCUGCCAGGUCUUUUGGGCGCUGGCUUACUGUUGGCACUGUAG